CCAAACUAGUCCCGACAAGGGACCACAAUUGUAAUUUUUGCAUUUGCGUAUGUCACUCCACAGGAGCCUCGACUCUUCUUCACAAGCGAAACAACUAAAACCCCUCUUUCUAAUUACAUUGAUUUUCUAGCAACAUUUCCUCAAGAAAUCUGAUUGCAAUCAAGAAAUUCUGAAGUUGGGUUUGCUGAUUUGGGUCUUUAUGUGAUUUGACGUUCAAUAAAUUAGUCUGAAGUGCAAGAUUCUUGAUUUUCUGAUUUGGGGUUUUCUAUAUCUGUUUCAAGAUUCAAUUUCUCUGAGGAUUCUGUAUUGAAUUUGAUUAAUGACAUUACCAGAAGGUUAAAAAAGGGGGAGGAAGUAGUAUAUUUGUAAGCAUUUUAUCAAUAAAGUUGAAGAAGGAAUUGUGAGUAACUGAGGGGGUUAAAGGUUUCUUCACAUGGGGAAACCAUUGUUUUAUGAGAUAUUGGAGAAGCCAGCAACCAGUUGUGCAAUUGGAAUAUGUAGUGCAAUUUGGUUUUAUAUUCAGAAGUCAAAUAUUGGUUAUUCACAUGUUGGUUUGAGUUAUGAAACUGCUUUGGAGGGUCAUUAUUGGAGGAUAAUAACAUCAGCACUUUCACAUAUUAGUGUGCUUCAUCUUGUUUUCAAUAUGAGUGCACUUUGGAGUCUCGGAGUUGUUGAACAAUUGGGGCAUUUAGGUCUUGGUGUGCAGUAUUAUCUUCAUUAUACACUGGUGUUGGUUGUUCUUUCGGGCAUGCUUGUCAUCGGAAUGUACCAUAUCUUGAUUCAGAAAUUUAAGCUAGAGUAUUUUCGGAGAGUUACUGCUGUUGGAUAUUCUUGUGUGGUGUUUGGUUGGAUGACGAUUCUUUCGGUCAAGCAACCGUCGUCAAAGUUGAAUCUUUUUGGUUUUCUUUCACUUCCGAUCAGCUUUGCGCCAUUUGAGUCGCUCAUAUUCACUUCCAUUAUUGUUCCUCAAGCGAGUUUUAUUGGACAUUUAUCGGGAAUUAUUGUUGGUUAUGCUGUUGGUUGGGGUCUGAUACAUGGGAUGAAUAAUUACUGGGCAGUUACAAUGCUGGGAUGGACUGCGCUUGUGUUUGUUUUCAGUUUGAAAAAGUCUGGUACAUUUGAUUUGAACUUUCUUGAGAUUGAACCUGUCACGGAUCCCUCUCUGCCUUCGGUACGUUUUUUCGCAGCUGGAACUGGUAGAAGUUUACAGAUGAGUACGUUACCAGAUGCUGGUGCCGAUCUUGUAUAGCUUUUGGAAGAUUUCAUUGCUUACUUGGGGAUCAUGACGUAAUUCUAGUAUUAGCAUUUUGCCGGAUGACUUGUUGAUUAUGCACACUUACCUCCAAAACCAUCAUUUACCUGGUGAUACGUUCAUUGGUUCUCGAAACACCUGUUUGUUAAUUGAACCAACUUUUUAGGUAACCACUGUCAUUUAUAAGUGUGGUGCGCAAAGUUGUUAUUACAUUUUAUAUGAUAUAGAUGAACCAUGAUGUAUUCCACUUAACACUAAAUUUUUGUGAUUGCUUUAGCCUUUGUGUCCUAUCUAUGCAUUAUAAAUAAUUUAGCAGGAUGAUAUUUGGCUA